AUGUACAUCGGAGGUCGUCAUAUCCUCUUCUGCCUGGUAGCCAUGGCCAGCUUUUUGGCAAGUACCGAGAGUGCCGGUUGCCAUUCAGCUCCACUCCAUGGAAUCAGCUUUCCUGCUAGAUUUCCAGGUGCUAGAACUGAGAUGGUUGCGAGCUUGGAAGAAACAGCAAUUGCCAGUGCUAAGAGGAAACUGGAGGCCAAGAUGAUCAUUGCUAAGGAGAAUCUAGCCCCCAAAAAAUCUAAAACUAAGACUCCAUUUUUUUGCUGUGCCAAACAAAUGGCUGAGACAAUUAUUCUCCUACAAAGGAACUUGGCAAUUGAGAAGUCUAAUNAUACUAAAACAACUAUUUUUGUGAACGUAGAUAGAAUAUCUAUUGAACCACGAAAAUAA